AUGCUGUCAAGAACUGCUGCAGUCCUAGGACUUGUGCUUUUCGGCCUGUUUGCAUGCACGGCAGGCACAUGCAUAAGCACGAGCGAUAGUUUUAAACGGCCUGAUGAAACGAGCAAAGGAUUCGACAGCUCGGACAACGAUGAGGAAAUGUCGCUGGAAUGUGAAGGUGCUGAAGUGGAGAGGAACGGGUGUGAGCACGAACACACUAAGGACAUGAGCGAACCGCAAGAAAAGCAGCUAGCAGGUACCGGUCCCGCAUCCAUGAUCAAAGCUGCUGGGUCAGCGAUCAUCGGCUUUGUAUCUGCUCUUGCGCGCAGAUUGGGACAAGCAAUGCUGCGCUACUGUCGUAAGUUUUGGGACGUUUUAAGCUGAUUUUAAUUUGGGAUGAGCGUUAUUUUACUACCCGGUCAUAAAUGAGCAAUUUCAACUAAAAUUGGUACCGCUACGUGUGAGGUGCGCCCUUCAAACAUUUGAAUUGUUCGGUAA